AUGGUGUACGUCAACAUCACGCUGCCUUCAGGAGUGACGGUUUUCCGCGGAUUCGUGCCGAAGGAAACUGAGACACUGUACCUGAAGAAACAGUUUAUGCCUGAAGUGGCAGCCGAGAAGAAGUCCUUGUUCUACGGAAAGGUGGAGUUGGAAGAUUCGGUGCCGGUGGGAGACUACCUGCCCGAAGGCCAGACAGAGCAUGCUUUGACAGCACUUCUGAGCCGUUGCCGAGUCACAGCGCCAGUGGACGGCGCAUGGUUCCAGGACCCCUGUUAUGUGAAACAGGUGCAGGAGGGGGAUCGACGAGUGUCUUUGUUGAAGGGUGUCUGCUGGUUCACGGCUUGGGCGAGCUUGGAUCUGGCUGGUGGUGACUGGCAAGUGUUCCUGAAGGUGAAGAGACAGCCUGAAAUUGAGUUCGACACCGACGUGAUCGUUUGCUUCAACGACUUGGAGGUAAACACCUUAAGCGCCAAGGCAUUCUCGUCUUUGCCAGAAGAGGAGUGGACAUUGUUGGAGCUGGGCCCCUUUUGUGGACCCGGCAUGCUUGCCGUCAAGCUCAAAGGUGAAGAUUGCCGGCUAAGGGGACAAAACUCGAAGUACGGAUUGUACUUGGAUCAAAUUGUUGCACAGCCAUCUUAG